CAGAAAUAAACAACAUUCGCACAACUACAAGGAAUCGGCGGGUUCGCAAACAGAAACCAAAAGUUUGUCCAAAUACGUUAAUAUGGGGAAGAAGAAGAAGAAGCAGCAACACAGGAAAGAUGAAGAAAGUAAACCAGAGGAUGGAGCAAGAUCAGCUACAGGUGCUGAAAAGGCUCCAGACCCAGACAAACAACAGCAGGCGGGUGCGGCAGUACAACUCGAGACCGAACCAACUAGAGAAAUGCCUAGACGGGAACCAGCGAAGGCUCCAGAACCACACAAACAACAGCAGGCAAGUGCGGCAGUACAACGCGAGAUCGAACCAACUAGAGAAAUGCCUAGACGGGAACCAGCGAAGGCUCCAGAACCACACAAACAACAGCAAACAUGCUGGGGGACGCCACAACACAGGCCGGAAUCAAUGGGUGCCAUACCUAAACAUGACCCAACAAAGAUGCCACCAGAGCAAGCUAAGCCAAGCAUGGCUUCAGAAGAAAGACUGACUAUGAAGACGAGGCCAAUGGAAGUGGUAACACCCAAGCACACACAAGAAGACAAACCGGGAAUGCAAGCAUCAGUCACUGCCGCAAGAGAAUCUGCAUCGGAAGAUCUCGCUGGUGGUUCACUACAGAGUCUCGGACUUGAGCUGAUACAAGCUGCUAAAGCUACGGCCCUGUCUUUUCCCAAACGCCCCGGUGUUGGGAAAGUUGGAAGGCGUAUCGUUCUCAGAGCAAAUCAUUUUGCUCUGAAAAUCCCGGACUCGUAUCUCCAGCACUAUGAUUUUGCUUUUGCUGUAGAAAAGCUGCCAAAACGUCUUAAGAGGAAUAUUUUUAGCCAGGUGGUUAAAGAUGCAAAGCACGUCUUUGGCAACUCCCACCCAGUGUUUGACGGCGCCUGCAAUAUGUACACUACACGUGAACUGCCGAUAGGAAGAGAGCGGAUGGAGCUUACAUUGGAUUACUAUGAUGAGGAGCGUCAAAAGUCUCGCGAAUUCAAGGUUUCUAUAAAGUGGGCAGCGCAAGUGAGUCUAGUAAAUCUGAAGAAUAUGGUUGAAGGAAAGACUAACAUCGUGCCAUAUGAUGCCAUUCAGGCGCUGGAUGUUGUGAUGAGACAACUACCUAGCAUGAGGUAUACUCCUGUAGGUCGCUCGUACUUCUCACCACCGUCAAGCAACGAUAAUAACUCUCUAGGCGGGGGCCGUGAUGUCUGGUUUGGUUUCUAUCAAAGUGUGCGCCCUUCACAGUGGAAGAUGAUGCUGAAUAUUGAUGUGUCUGCGACAGCAUUCUACAAGUCUCAAACAGUCCUCGAAUUCAUGGAAGAGGUUCUCAGUACACGAAACGAUAGAUACAAUCCCAGUAGACCAAUGGACGUGUACAAAAAGUCAAUGUUCAAAAAGGAGAUUACAGGUUUGAAGGUUGAGGUGACACACAUGGGACACAUCAAGAGGAAGUACCGUGUGAUUGGAUUGACAAGGAAUCCAGCAGCUACAGAAAAGUUUCCAUUGGAAGUUGCACCCGGCAAGACAGAGCAAUGUACAGUGUCGAAGUACUUCAAGGAUACGUAUAAAUGCGUGUUGAAAUACCCAAACCUGCCUUGUCUCCAUGUAGGAAAUCCAGCCAGAAAUACGUACUUGCCAAUUGAGGUAUGUAAUAUUGUUGCUGGCCAGAAAUGCAACAAAAAGCUAACAGAAGAACAGACGACGAAUAUGAUCCGUGCCACAGCAAGGCCUGCGCCUGAGCGUGAAAGACAAAUAAAUGACUGGGUGCGUAAGAUGGACUUCAACAGCAAUCCAUACGUCCAGGAGUUUGGCAUAUCUGUGAACUACAAAAUGACAGAUGUAGAAGGACGUGUAUUGCCGCCACCUGCAAUACAAUACAAAAAUGAGGAAAUAGGAAAACCGGCUCGAGGUGCGUGGAACAUGAUUCAGAAACAGUUCCACACUGGCAUGGAGAUAAAAUCCUGGGCACUAGUUUCCUUUGCAGAUGAGCGUAAUUGUAGCAUGCAGGAAUUAUGGCAAUUUGCUGGAAAACUGCAGAAUAUGAUCAAGACAACAGGAAUGCCAAUAUGUGCUAACCCAGUAGCACUGACUAUGGAGCGUGCAGAUGUAAUGUCAAUAGAGGGGAUAUUCAAAAGAUUGCAUGCUGCAAAUCCCAAUCUACAACUCAUUGUUGUGGUGCUAGGAUUUCGGGCUGCAAGUAUAUAUGCUGAAGUGAAACGGGUUGGAGACGUAGUGAUGGGGCUGGCGACACAGUGCAUUCAGCAAAAGAACGCUGUAAAGAAAAUGGAUCAGACAUUGGUCAACCUGUGUAUGAAGAUAAACGCAAAGAUGGGAGGUGUGAACAACAUACUUCCGCGAGAGGCCAGGCUACUAAUCUUCAAAAAACCAGUGAUUGUAUUUGGAGCAGACGUCACUCAUCCGUCACCAGGUGACACGCACAGGCCUUCCGUCGCUGCAGUGGUUGCCAGCAUGGAUCCCUACCCUAGUCGUUACGCGGCGGAUGUCAGAGUUCAAAAACACAGGCAAGAGAUAAUAGCUGAGCUAUCAGUUAUGGUAAAAAAUCUAUUGAUAAAGUUCUACAAAGCAAAUCGGCAAAUGAAACCAGAGCGCAUUAUUUUCUACCGGGAUGGAGUGAGUGAGGGUCAGUUUAUGCAGGUUCUGCAGUAUGAAUUGAUGGCGAUCAGAGCUACUUGCCAGAGUCUCGGCGCUGAUUACAAGCCAGCCAUUACAUUCGUCAUCGUACAGAAGCGUCACCACACUCGUCUGUUCUGCUCUGACAAACGCGACAUGGAAGGAAAAGCGAAUAAUAUUCCAGCUGGAGUGACUGUUGAUACAACAAUCGUCCACCCAACUGACUUUGACUUUUAUUUGUGCAGUCAUUUCGGAAUACAAGUAACAAUUCGACCACUAUACUACCCUGUGGGACACAACAACUUCACGCUGACGACCUCCAGAAACUGACCUAUCAGCUGUGUCACACGUAUGUCCGCUGCACACGCAGCGUCUCCAUACCAGCACCAGCCUACUAUGCCCAACCUUGUGGCAUCAGAGCCAGGCACCACCUGGAGAAGGUUCUUG